AUGUCGGCCCCGGCGCCUGCUUCGUCGUCGCCCGUCGUUCGCAGCCACUCUACUUCGGCUCGUUCUUCUCAUCGUCCACCUGCUUCAGACGCGCCUCAGCGCACUCGCAGCGUGGCGGUCCGACCGACCUCAUCCUCCCAGCCCCCUCCACAGCAAUCCCAUUACUCCCACGCCAAAACCCCCUCCCAUGACCGUCGCCCUCCUUCAAAUUACGCUGCCGUCGAUAGUGUAUCGCGACGGGACUUCGAGGCGCCCAAUGUCGGCCGAAUGCCCUCUCGUCGUGAGGCGUCGGCGGAGCGAUCUCAAGAGCGCCCAUCCACUGCGUCUCGAACUGAGUCGACUCGAAGACAUCACCAAAGGAACCCUUCUGCCCAGGGCCAUCAACGAGAGAGUGUCGAUAUGACAUCCGCCACGGCCACCACUGCGCCCGACCGUGUGGCGGACCCCUCACAGUCUGCGACCGGGGCACAUCCGCCCACCGCCUCCACACAGCCUAGGCGUCGUACCACAAUCACCACGCCUACGGGCCAGUGGGCCUUAGGGAAAACGAUAGGCGCAGGAAGUAUGGGCAAGGUCAAGUUGGCUAAAAACAUGGAAACCGGGGAACAGGUUGCGAUCAAGAUCGUCCCCCGACUUUCGACCGAAGAGCACCGCAGCAGCCGUGACACAGAGCGCGCAGAUCGCUCCAAGGAGAUCCGAACAGCUCGAGAAGCUGCCAUUGUUAGCCUUGUGAAUCACCCAUACAUCUGUGGGAUGCGCGACGUAGUGCGGACCACUUACCACUGGUACAUGCUGUUUGAAUAUGUCAACGGCGGGCAGAUGCUGGACUACAUCAUCUCCCAUGGCAAACUGAAGGAAAAGCAGGCACGCAAGUUCGCGCGCCAGAUUGCCAGUGCAUUGGAUUACUCCCACCGCAACAGCAUUGUUCACCGAGAUUUGAAGAUUGAGAACAUCCUGAUCAGCAAAACGGGGGAUAUCAAAAUCAUUGAUUUCGGACUGAGCAACCUCUUCUCCCCCAAAGGUCUCUUGAAGACAUUCUGUGGCAGUCUUUAUUUUGCUGCCCCAGAGCUGCUCCAGGCAAGACAGUACACGGGUCCUGAAGUAGACGUUUGGAGCUUUGGAAUUGUUCUUUACGUUCUAGUUUGCGGGAAGGUGCCCUUUGAUGAUCAAAGCAUGCCCCAGCUUCAUGCCAAAAUCAAGAAAGGCGUUGUGGAAUAUCCUCCAGGGCUCACAACAGAGUGUCGCCACAUCAUUUCUCGUAUGCUAGUCACUGAUCCCAAGCAGCGUGCCAGCUUGUCAGAGAUCCUGAAUCAUCCGUGGAUGAAUAAGGGUUUCAACACUCCUCCAGAAAAUUAUCUCCCCCAUCGCGAACCGUUGCAGCUUCCCCUGGAUCCAGAGAUCAUCGAGAAGAUGACGGGCUUUGAUUUUGGUCCUCCGGAGUACAUCACGACCCAACUGACUAAGGUCCUGGAGUCGGAAGAGUAUCAACAUGCUGUGAGAUUGAGCGCGCGCGAAGCACCAGCAUACAACCCCACCGAGAAGAAACGUGGAGUGUUCGAUUUCUACAAGCGACGGAAUUCUGCUGCCAGCCGUGACACGCUUUCUGCACCUUCUGCUGAGGCUGUUCAGCUGGGCAAUGACCCACUGAAUGCCUACAGCCCUUUGGUUUCCAUCUACCACCUUGUGAAGGAGAAGCUUGAUCGUGAGCGAGCCGAGGCUCGCCCUGGUGCCCUUGCCCUUAAUCAGACCCCGAGCGAUCUUCAAAUGCCAGACGUCCCAGUGGCCGCCCACACCAAUCAGUACCAACUUCCAGGAGAAAAGGAUACUGGCCAACGAUCCCGCCCUCGAGCCAGAACCCAUGGCGAGGAAGAAGUCACGGAGGGUAUAAAAAAUCUGCACACCUCUUCGUCAUCUGGCCAGGCAGUUCCACAAGACACUCCGGUCAAAAGAGCGGGUACUGCUGCUGGUCUCUUGAGACGAUUCAGCACACGCAGGACCAAAGAUCGCAGUCGCGACGCCGAGCGGGAACGCAUCAGCACUCCUAACACUCCCAACACUCCCAUCCUCAACGUUCAGCCACCUGCCGACUCUGCCUCUCCAUUGCAUCGUGGGUUCAGUAUGCGGAAGUCUCGGCGUCCUGACCCAGCCUCUAUUCCCUCUGGGGGAAGCCAGCCCCAACAUCAAGAUCUUCUCACAGCUCCAGGAUCAGCUGAGCAGUCAGCCAAGUUCCUUGAACGAUCUACCAGCGUCAAUUCGGCAGAUUAUCGAUCCCGAAGGGCCGCUCGUAGGAGUGACGCUGACGCCUUGGACGUGGCGGCGGAUCGUCAUCCACCUUCAACUAGUGGCUCCGACCAAAACAACCAGAAAGACCAGUCUGGCACAAGAACUGGUGGACGCACUCACGCGACACGGACGAUGUCACUGGGCCAUGCUCGUCGAGAGAGCAUACAGGCCCGGCGAGCACGACGGGAGGCCGCCCGAGAGGCUAAUGUCCCGGAGGAGACCGAUGCUGAUAUUUCUGGCGCGGGCACAGCCCUUCAGAGCGCCAAUGAUGGGGAAGAUCUGUCUAAGCCGGUGUACCUUAAAGGUCUCUUUAGUGUUUCGACCACCAGCAGCAAGCCCUUGCCCGUCAUUCGAGCCGACAUCAUCCGUGUUUUGAAUCAGCUAUCCGUGGAGUAUCAUGAGGUCAAGGGAGGGUUCAGCUGUCGCCACGCCCCCAGUAUUGAUCUUGAAAAAGUGUUGGAUACCAGUCCACCCAGUCCCGACAGACAGGGUCAGGUCCCGCAUCGCCGUCGGAUUAGUUUCGGUGGACUGCUUGGUCACGAUGAGCGAGAGGAACCUCGCACUGGACAUUCGAAGCUACAACGCCGAAGUCAGGGCCCGCCGGACCAAAGUUUUACGACGAAUUCUGAUCAAUCUGAUGAAUUCGUGGCCCGAAACCAACCGCAGUCGACUGGCGAGCGAGUCGUUGGCGAGACCACCACUCGAGUGCAGAGCGACACCGGCGAAAACAUGAUCCUGCGUUUCGACAUUCUUAUUGUGAAGGUCCCUCUCUUUUCGCUGCACGGCAUCCAGUUCAAGAAGGUCGCAGGUGGCAUGUGGCAGUACCGAGAGAUGGCCAAGAAGAUCCUGGAUGCUCUGCGAUUGUAG